GAAAGGAACAACCAACAUACCCACACACAAUUCACACCUAAAAGACUGCAAUCUGCCUUAACCAGAGGAAAGCCAGAGAAAGGGGACUAUAAAGAUACAAUUUGGGGGAGGAAAUCGAGUGGAGAGAGUGAAAGGAAAGCAGGGGAGGGAAGGUCCGAGUUCGCAGAUUGAUUCCAGCACGAUCCGGAUCUGAAUCGGAACCACUGAAUACUGAAUCUGGAUCUGAAUCGCUAACAUAAUCAAAAUAGGGAUCGCAAUGAGUUCGUUCAUCGAGCUGCUGGGACUUUUCCUGCUGCUGAUGCUGCCAUUUCUGUACGAGACCAACCACAUAUUCCGCUACUACUUCAAAUUCAUGCUGUACUACGGCAUCGUGUCCUUCAACUCGAUCGUCCUCAUCCCGGCCUUCCUCACCCGACCCUGCGAUGUCCGUAAUCUGCUAUGGGCAAGCACCUGGUGCCACCGAGUCUCCACUUUGAUUGGCCUGCGCUGGGAGCUGCGUGGCAAGGAGCAUUUGGCCAAGGACCAGGCCUGCAUCAUUGUGGCCAAUCAUCAGAGCUCGCUGGAUGUACUGGGCAUGUUCGACAUCUGGCAUGUGAUGAACAAGUGCACGGUGGUGGCCAAGCGGGAGCUCUUCUACGCCUGGCCCUUCGGCCUGGCCGCCUGGUUGGCCGGCCUGAUCUUCAUCGAUCGGGUGCGCGGCGAGAAGGCCCGCGAAACGCUAAAUGAUGUCAAUCGGCGGAUCAAGAAGCAGCGCAUCAAACUGUGGGUUUUCCCGGAGGGAACGCGUCGCAACACGGGCGAACUGCAUCCGUUCAAGAAGGGCGCCUUCCACAUGGCCAUCGACCAGCAGAUACCCAUCCUGCCGGUGGUCUUCUCCUCCUACUGUACAUUCCUCAACGACAAGAAGAAGAUCCUGAAUGCGGGUCGCAUUGUGAUCACCACGCUGCCGCCGGUUAGCACCGAGGGUCUGACCAAGGACGACAUCGAUGUGCUAAUGGAGCGAGUUCGCUCCCAGAUGAGUGAGACAUUCAAGCUGUCGUCCGCGGAGGCGUUGCAGCGUUACAUACCGAUGAUGAAGAGCGGUGUUCCCGCUGCCGCAUCAUCCGCGGCAUCUGUGGGCUCAGCGGGAUCGACGGCAACUCCUGUCGCGGAUGCCGCGGUGGCCGCCGCCGCUGCCGUGGCCAGCAGCAGUUCCGGUUACGGCCAGCCGGCGGGCUACGGAGCCGGUGCUGCAAAGGCCAGCUUGCUCAAGACGCUCUAGGCGAAAGUAGCGAUUUAAUCCUCACACAUAAACACACACUCAUCUCCAAAGAAUACACACCACCAUGGGCGCCAUUACGUGGUCAUGUCAUAGGCCUAUUUGGGAUUUCGAUUCGUAUAUACAUCAUCUAUAGAUUUGCAAUUUUCGUACACUUACAGUAUUUGUCCUAUUUUAUUUUACCACCUGAAGUCCAAAGUUUUGUUAUUUAUUUUAAAGCUAACUAGUAAAUGUCCUAUUUUAUUAUAAAAUUUAGGUAAUUUAAGACCAAUUUGUAUAGAACUAAGGUAUUUCUUAUACUCUUCAAAGGGUAUUAAAAUUGUUUUUAUUUCAAGUCAAAAAACAGAUAAAAUGUAAAGGAUUAGAAUUACCUUAAAUAUUAGCUUUUUUAAUUAAAUC